CCUCCAUACGCCACGACCACUUUACCAUUUAAAUUUUAUCCAGAAGUGAAGCUACUGCCAAAUAUGCAGAACCUACACGCCCCUACUAUUCCGUCCGGUCCCACGACAUCGAAUGGAGGUGGGAUACGGACUGAGGGGCUCACACUGUCGGAGCUUCAGUUGAAGAAGGAGGUUAUGGAAGCUGAGCUUAGAGCUCUUGGAGGCGUCCUCGAAUCUCAUGGCGUUGAUAUGAACACAAACCUCAUGACACCAGAUGGUUUCCCGCGGGCAGACCUCGACGUCGCGCAAAUACGAACAACCCGCUCGCGGAUAAUAUACCUGAAGAAUGACUACAAAGCACUCAUGGAGGUGAUCGAGAAGGCAGUCCACGCCGACUUCGAGUUCCUCCAAGCGAACCCUCUGCCAGAGUCCGAUGCACAGAGAGAAGCAACCACCAAUGGGGUACACACAACUGAAGCGCCGCGGUCGUGCCAGCCAGUGUUGGAGACCCCAUUUGCAAGGGUCAACAGCGUUGUGGAGAGUAGUCCAGCUGAAGAAGCGGGGUUGAAGGAAGGGGACUUGAUUCGCAAUUUCGGAUACGUGAAUCGUGAAAACAAUGAUGGGUUAAGGAGGGUGGCAGAAUGCGUGCAAGGAAAUGAGGGGCGGAACGUUCUGGUAAAGGUUUCGAGAGGUUUCGGUGCCGAGAGGCAAGAAUUGAACUUGACUUUGGUUCCACGAAAGGACUGGGGGGGCAGGGGUUUAUUGGGGUGCCAUAUCGUUCCACUUUAGGCUGCCGCUCUUCGUGUUAUACCAAGUUUCCAAUUCUGUAGCGCAGCGAAGGGGUUUGGGUUAUGGACUUCUGGAGUAUCAUGUAGUGCUAUCGUGAGGGUUGGAGUUGUUGUUAUUCUUCUGCAAAAAAUGUACCACCAGUCAGGGCCCGAGACAUUACAAUACGCAGCAUUCAUAU